AUGUACGUGGCUCAGCUUCGAGGGUAUGUCCAUGCCCUCUACCUGGGCGCCCAGAGCAGUUGGCACGGCAACCGCGGUCACUUCCACUGGAGGUUGAUGUGUGAGUGUGCUGACAUCACCAUGCUGAGGCUGCUGGAGGCCUUCCUGAAGAGCGCUCCUCAGCUGGUGCUACAACUCAGCAUCAUGAUACAUGCCAACCACGUCCUGCCACUACAGGGUCUCUCUGCCUCAGCCUCCUUGGUCUCUCUGGCCUGGAUAAUAGCGUCCUACCAGAAGACUCUGAGGGACUCCAGAGAUGACAAGCUCCCGAUGUCCUACAAGGCUGUGAUUGUCCAGAUGCUGUGGCACUUCUUCACCAUCGGGGCCAGGACCAUCGCCUUCGCCCUGUUCGCCUCUGUGUUCCAGCUCUACUUCGGUAUCUUCGUCGUGAGCCACUGGUGCCUCAUGACGUUCUGGAUCAUCCAGGGGGAGACAGACUUCUGCAUGUCCAAGUGGGAGGAGAUCAUCUAUAACAUGGUAGUGGGCAUCGUCUACAUCUUCUGCUGGUUCAACGUCAAGGAGGGCCGCGCUCGCUUCAGGAUGUGGCUCUAUCACACGGUGACUCUGGUAGAGAACGUGUCCCUCAUCGCGGCGUGGUAUCUUUACCGCGGGCCGAACACCUCGGACUUUUACGCCCUCGUCGUGGUGUGUGUGGUGGUUUGUAGCUACGCUCUGGGGAUCUUCUUCAUGUUGGGGUAUUAUUGUCUCCUGCACCCUGACGGGCCGGUGUCCGCGGCUCAGUGGGGGGGAUGUGUGGAGGACGGGGGGUUGAUGGUGGAGUCCUGUGUGACCCCAGCCGAGGCAUCACCCCUCCCCCCUCCAGACGUGGUCACCAGCCCCCCUAGGACUCUAACUAGGACUGCAGGUGCGGAUCGGGGCGAGGUGGUACCAGGAGAUCUAGCUGUGUUCCAGGUUAGAUCCACCGCCACUACCUCUCCGGCCCUGGCCCCUUGGCCCCUCAGGACAGAGGGGCCAGUGAUCCGGAUAGACCUUCCCAGAAAAAGGUACCCUGCCUGGGAUGCCCACUUCAUCGACAGGCGGCUGCGGAAGACCAUCCUGGUCCUGGAGAACACCUCCCUGGUCACGCCCAGGAUCCAAUACCGCAGUCUGAGCAAACCCAAGGAGGUUAUGGAGUAUGAGACUACCGUGUAAUGUAACGUAAUCUAGCUACACUACCUCCACCAGUACAGCAGGGGGCUCCACCAGCCAGGUGAAGAAAGAGAAUGAACCAUGGUACUCAACUCUUAUCCUCCUGUUUGAAGUCAAUGAAAGGGUGCUUGGAGACAACAGUGUAUACUAUAAGUGUACCCUAGUCCCUCUGUGGGAAGGGGAGACAAGGGGAGUUGAGAGAAGAAGGUUGAGGAGGCGGUGCUAUUGGAGGACUGUGUACAGGUGUAAGACAGGUGUCAGGGAUUUACAGGUCAGGUGACGUGGGCGUGUCAGUAAAUGUACCUGUUUAUGACCAGUGCAUGUGUGGAGUGUUUCCACUCAGCUGUUGCCACAUUCUGUGUGUACUAUAGGAGCCAAUCGGCUGUAGCCGAGAUCGAGGGUGAGAGAUGAAAGGUCAUCUAAGGUCACACCAGGUCGUGACCUUAUGGAGAACUGCAGGAGGAGACACUGAAACAAGACAUGGGUCAUGAGU